AUGGACUCCCAUCGGGCAUCAUUCAGCGACAUGACAGAUGGGUCAAAUGCGCACACAUCAGAGCAGUUGGCAUCUCGCAACCAACCGCCCCACGACACGGUCACUAGCUUCGCCAGCACACCAUCCAGAUCACUCAGUACCAAGAAAACCGUCACUCCUUUACCUGCCAACCUACUUCCUUCGGCGCCCGCAUCUCCCCCGACGCCCGCACCUAGCCCUACCCCCCACCAACGACCUCCGAAUUGGCACUCGUCUGACGACGAAGAGAGUAGCUUCCUAUUGAACCUCCGUAUCCACUUCAGUACUCUAUCCAACGCCCGAAAACAGAAACUCUUGGAAGGUCUCUUGGACGUAUGCGACAGCCAACAGUUGAGCUUUGUGUCGAGCUAUGUCGGGCCUAGGUUGAGAAAAGAUCCAUUCCAGGUUUUCCCCAAUGAACUAUGUUUAAGAGUACUCUCAUUCAUCGACGACCCCAAGACUCUCGCAAGAGCGUCACAAGUAUCGCGGCGCUGGCGAGAACUAUUAAAUGAUGACAUCACGUGGAAAAAUCUAUGCGAGAAACAUGCAUAUUCGGUGCGAAGGGUCUUGGAAGACGAGGGGGACCUCGUCGACCCUUUCACCGCCCAUCCCGUCGAGUCGGCCUCUGGUGCACGCACCUUCAGCGGGUUGCAGCGGCGCUUGACCGCGUCAAAUGGUCAGUUCACUGAGAGCACACCGGAUCUACCCCGCACUCUUUCCGGAGAAUGGUUGCCUCCGACAAGCUUCUCCCGAAGACGUCGAAUACGCCCUGUCUCUUAUCGCUCACAGUUCAAGCAAAAGUAUAUGGUUGAGUCGGCAUGGAAUAAGGGUGGCCGCUGCACCCAACGUCAUAUCACUCCCGACCAGGGAGUGGUGACGAGUCUUCAUCUCACUCCGAAAUACAUCGUGGUUGCGUUGGAUAAUGCGAAAAUCCAUGUAUACGAUACUAACGGCGACAAUCAAAAGACGCUCCAGGGCCAUGUGAUGGGAGUAUGGGCAAUGGUCCCGUGGGACGAUAUUUUGGUCAGCGGAGGCUGCGAUCGCGAAGUUCGAGUAUGGAACAUGGCUACUGGGGCGUCGAUUCAUCUUCUUCGUGGUCACACAUCAACUGUGCGGUGCCUAAAGAUGUCCGAUUCUAAUACAGCCAUCUCUGGAUCCAGAGAUACCACUCUUCGGAUAUGGGAUCUGGCUUCGGGAAGUUGUCGUCACGUUCUCGUCGGACAUCAAGCUAGCGUGCGGUGCCUUGCAAUUCACGGUGAUUUAGUCGUGUCAGGUAGCUAUGACACGACUGCACGCAUAUGGAGCAUCUCCCAAGGUCGCUGGCUCCGCACUCUUCAGGGGCAUUUCAGUCAAAUCUACGCUAUUGCUUUUGAUGGCCGGCGGAUCGCGACGGGAAGCUUGGAUACUAGUGUUCGGAUCUGGGACCCACAAUCUGGACAGUGCCAUGCUAUUCUGCAAGGUCAUACAUCUUUGGUUGGUCAACUACAGAUGCGAGACGACACGCUGGUGACUGGUGGCUCUGAUGGUUCCGUCCGUGUCUGGUCAUUGACUAAGAUGGCGCCGAUUCACCGUCUUGCGGCCCACGACAACAGUGUCACCAGUCUCCAGUUUGAUAAGACCCGCAUCGUCAGUGGUGGCAGCGAUGGCCGUGUCAAGGUCUGGAAUCUACAGACUGGUCAGCUACUUCGAGAACUUUCAACCCCCGCCGAGGCGGUUUGGAGAGUUGCUUUUGAGGAUGAAAAAGCGGUGAUCAUGGCGAGCCGAUCUAGCCGCACGGUUAUGGAGGUCUGGUCAUUCUCGCCGCCACCAGAAGAAUACGAUUAUACCGCCAUCGAGAGUACCUCGAGCACUCCAGGUCUAAGAUCUACUGAUGACAGCGACCUAGCCGCCCCAUCCCACCAUCGAGCAAUGUCCUCCGACCCCCCUUCAUCCAUUCCAUCAGGCACUGAUAGUGAUGCACUCAUGCCAGACGCACCCUCCUAA